GUUUAAAAAUGUCUGAUGCGAAAAAUAUUGUACACAGAACCCAUUGUAUUGAAAAACUGCUGUCUGAGAACAAUUUGCAAGAUAUUGAGGAUCAUCUUAAAGAACUUGAAGAUGUUGAUAUGACUGUAGAAUAUCUUCAGGGGACAGAAGUUACCAAGGCUGUAUAUAGAGUACUCAAGAGCUGCCCUUCAGGAGAGUUGAAAAAGAAAGCAAAGCAGUUAUUGUCAAGGUGGAAAGCACUUUACAAGAAUAACUGUGCUCAGUCAAUGCAAGGUAAAAAGUCAAUUUCUGUGUCUGUGAAAGAAGAAAUUGAGCAUCUCCAUGUAGUUCCUAGAGAGCAGUCACUGUCUGAAGAACCAUGUCAGCAGGAGGCAUUAGAUGGUACUAGUUCCAACAUUUUGGUCCCAUCUCAAACUGUUAAAAAUGUGGUAUGUAAUAAUACAGAAGGCAGUAUGAAUCAGCAUUCUUCUUUUGAGGAACAACACACUGUUAAUGAAGAUUCUAAGUCUGUUGUUAGCGAAGCAAGUCUGCAGCAGGAUCUGAUGAGAACUCUGAGGUCUAAAUGUGUGGAUCUUCUUUAUAAAGCUUUGAUUGGUUCUGCCAAAGAUGAAGAAGAAACUGUUAAAUGGUUAGAGCUAGCUAAAGAAAUUGAAGAACAUAUAUUUGCUCUUCAUGCUAAAAAUGAUAAAAAGUACAAAAAUUGCAUCAGAAGUAAAAUCUCUAACCUUAAGAACCCUAAAAGUUGCCACUUAAAGCAUAAUCUUUUUUCAGGAACUUUGAGCCCAAAGGCUUUUGCUGAGAUGACAGUGAUGGAAAUGGCCAGCAAUGAACUGAAACAGCUCAGGGCUCUGUACACAAAAUCAUCUGUUCAGGAGCAUCAGCUUCCACAGGUUAUUAAUGGCACACAGACAAACAAAAUAAAGUGCAGACGCUGUGAAAAUUUUGAUUGCACUGUCACUAUGAUUGCCAGAGGAGCUCUCUUUCUUCCAGCUUGGGUGCGAAACACAAAUCCGGAUGAACAAAUGUUGACUUACGUUACUUGUAAUGAAUGUGGAGAACAGUGGUAUCACAGCAGAUGGAUUUGUUUGUAA